AUGUAUGAUCUGGGCAGCAUCAAAUGCUUAGCUACAGCUGAAGCUAACCUGGCACAGUAUAUGCAGCUUAUCCUGACUGCAAGGGUGCAUGGGGUAGCGAAUCCUACCCCUUUGACUAAAGCCCAUGGACUCAGUGAAGAACUUGGAUGCAAUGUCAUGUUCAAACGAGAAGAUACACAACCUGGAUACUCCUACAGGCUGAGGGGGAUAUAUAAUAGAAUGGCUAACUUGGAUAAGGAACGGAGGUGGAAAGGCGUGAUAACAUCUUCUGCGUCCGACGCCCUAGCUGUAUCAUACGCGGCAAAGGAGUGUCAAACGCCAUCGAUAAUAGUUUUGCCAGAGAAUGCUGCAAAGGCCAAGAUCAAGGAAUUGAAGCGUCUCGGGAGUACGGUAAAGUUGUACGGACUGAGUGCCGAUGCCACGAAGAAGGAGUCCUUGCGGCUUCAAUCACUUCAUGACCUGAUUUUCAUUCCUCGACCUGGAGAUGAAUAUAUCAUCGCAGGUCACGGGACGGUUGGACAGGAGAUAAUACAACAGACGAUUCACUCUCAGGUCUACGCGGUCUUCUGUCCGAUUGCUUGCGGCACCUUGAUAGCCGGCCUAGGCAUAUAUCUCAAGCGUAUUGCUCCCCACAUCAAAGUCAUCGGAGUACAACUUCACGACUCAGUAGACAUCUCAAGAUUGAUGCACCUCAAGGGGCAGUCGACACUGGAAGAGCACCUACUAUCGAGGAACGUCUGCGCAAAAGUCGCCCGGAUCUGCAGUGAUGUUAUAGAUGACAUAGUCCAAGUUACUAUGAACGAGGUGUUGAUAGCAACAAAGAACAUAUACGAAGACACACGACAGCUUGUUAACACAGAAGGCGCACUAGCUGUUGCUGGGAUGAAGAGCUGGAUUACGUCGAAGGGACUCGUAGGUUCAGAAACAGACUUUAUUGCGAUCACGUCAGAGGCUCAGCUCGACUUUUCGGAAAUAUCAUGUAUUGUCAAACAGGCCUCGUUGGCUGAGAUGGCAAUGGGGAGCGAUGAUGACAGUGGAAUAGACUCAUUGAUGCAUGGUACAGGGACAGCAUCGACUUGUGCUGGUGACGGAUGGUCUAGCAGUACGACUGUCGUCGGAGCUGAAACCUUCGCCAACUUUACAUCUGAUGUUGACGCGAGACUUUGGAAUAGUUAA